CGUGAAUUCCUCGAUUAACCAGCAGAAUUACCCCCACCCAACGAAACCACUCACACUAAACCCCCUCGUAUCCCCUCCCCGGAACCAUGGACGCCGGCGGCGCCCUCAAUGCCGUCGCCGUAACCGCACUGGCGGCGGAGUCAAUCGCCGGCGUACAGUACACCCGCUUCCCCACCCCGACCACCGACGAUGACCUCGACGACCUCUACGGCGACUUCGACCUCGGCUUCCUCCCCCUCCCGCCACUCUCCCCUUCCCCGUCCUCCCCUCCCAAAACCCCCUCUCCCGGCCUCUCCCUCCCAUCCCCAACCCCGUCUUCCUCUCCGUCUCCGUCUCCCUCUCCACCACCGCGCCGCACCCCGUCCCCCGACCCGCACCGCCGCCGCCAACCAGAGCCCGAGCCAAACCCCAUCCACCAGCACCAGCCACCGCUCCCCGCCCCAAAAUCACCCACCCAGCAGCACCAGCCGCCGCCGCCGCGUGCCGCUCCAAACCCACCACCCAGCCCGCGACACCAGCCGCCGCUCCCCGCGCCGAAAGCACCCACCUUGCGGCUCCAGCGCGCGCCGGCCCGCCCCGCGCCGUCGCCGUCGCCGCCCACCGCCACCGCGCUGUACAUCGGCGACCUGCCCUGGUGGACGACGGACGCGGAGCUGGAGGCCGCGCUCGCGCCGCACGGCGAGCUCCGCGGCCUCCACUUCUUCGCCGACAAGCCCUCGGGCAAGUCGCGCGGCCACUGCCGCGCCGACUUCCUCCACCCGGCCGCCGCCGCCUCCGCCGCCGCCGCGCUCCACGGACGCGCCUUCGACGGCCACCACUGCGUCGCCUCGCUCUCCCGCCCGCCCGCGCUCCAGCGCGCCGACGCCGACUCCGACGCCCCGCCGCCCAACCCCGCCCUCGCCCGCGCGAACAACCGGGGCAAUGCGGCGUUUUUAGGCGAUGGGUCGUCUCUGGGGCCCAUGGCUCCCCGGCCGCGCGCGUUCGGCGCGAUGAUCGGAGACGGCGGUGGGUUCCCGCCGGUGGGGCAGUGCGGCCCGAUGGCAGCGUCCCAUGUGAACCCGGCAUACUUGGCAGCCAGCAGGAUGGCAAUGUGUGGCAAUGGCGCAGAAAUGUGGCAUAACCAGGGGAUGCCUGGGGGCUUUUGGGGCGGACCGCAGCCAUGGAAUUUUGGAGGCUGUGAGAUGCCAUGGCAGCAGCCAGGGCAGCAGUACCGGAAUGGGGACUACGGAAAAAUGCGUAGCACCGGCCGGGAGAGACCAGGUGGUAGGAAUGAGGACAGGGACGCUGGCAAUUUCCGGGGCAAUCCAAACAGGAGGCAGUGUGGCCGCGGUGGGGGUGAACGGCCCGGGGACAGGGACCGGCGCUGGGAGCAGCGCGAGAGGAACUACGACGACAGGGAUCGGCGGGGUGGUCAGAAAAGGAGGUACCAGGAGUACAGUGAGCGCGAGGACUGGCAGAAGCGAGGACGGGCCAGGUUGAGUCAAUCAAGGAACAGCGAUGAUGACGAUGAUCCGAGGCGGCAAUCAAGGGACAGUGAUGAUGACGAGUAUCUGAUACGGCGUCGCUAAUGAAGCAUCUUCUGCAGGCUGAAUGGUAGAUUACGAGCCUUCUGCAGUCCCUGUUCGGCCACUUCUGCUCCACCAAGAGCAGAUGCAGACACCACAUCAGGCUUGCUCUGUCACAACGAACAAAAAACCAACUUACUAAUAGUAGAGAGGUGGACAUAACUGGAAACAGCAUAAUAUUUUGCACUAGCUUAACAUGACUUAAACUUGGAGAAACCGUUCUAAGAUGGUGCACCUGUGAGGGACCCUGCGAUGGUGGGCAUGAACAAUUUGAUGCUGUUUUUAAUUCAGAGAGUUUAAGUAAAACUAAUUAACUGUUGCGGUCUGAA